AUGGCGUCAGCAUCAGCAGACAGACACAGUCCAGAACUGGAUCGUCCUAACAUUAGUGAUGUUCUGCUGGGAAAGAAUCAGGAAUCUGAUCUUAGUGAGAACACAAAAACAGGAAGUGAUGGAGGAGAGACAUCGAUGGAGACACAGAUGGAGAAACUGAUGAACUCAUUAAAGAUGUGGCUUCAGUCACAAGAUUCAAGAGAAAGAGAAGAUGAAGUGAGGAUUGUUCUUCUGGGAAAAACUGGAGUUGGGAAGAGUUCAACUGGAAACACCAUCUUAGGAAGAGAAGUUUUCAUAUCAGACUUUUCUGAAGAAUCUGUCACUAAAGAGUGUCAGAGAGAGACAUCUGAAAUCAAUGGCAGACACAUUACUAUGAUCGACACUCCAGGACUGUUUGAUACUGAUCUCAGUAAUGAAGAAAUAAAGAGAGAAAUCAGAAACUGCAUCCCAAUGAUCCUGCCUGGACCACAUGUGUUUCUCUUACUGAUACCAUUGGGACGAUUCACUCAAGAAGAAGCAAAAUCAGUGGAGAUCAUUCAAGAGAUGUUUGGUGAAAACUCUUUAAUGUACACCAUAUUGCUCUUCACCAGAGGAGAUGAUCUGAAUGAAAAAACUAUUGAACAGUAUCUGGCAGAUCCUGGAUCUGGCCUUAAAAUCCUGAUUGAUGAGUGUGGAAACAGAUUCCAUGUGUUCAAUAAUAAAGAGACUAGAGACCAAACACAGGUGACUGAACUACUCCAGAAGAUAGACAACAUGGUGAAAGAGAACGGAGGGAGUUACUACUCAUGUAAGAUGUUCAGAGAGAUGGAGAGAGAAAUACAGAAGAAAAUACUGAUGGAGAGCGUCAGAGAAAGAGAAGAGAUGAAGAUGAUCAUGGAGAAAGAAAGACAGAAUUAUGAGAGAGAGAAAAAGAGAAAAGAAGAAGAACUUAGAGAGAGAGAAGAACAAUAUAAAAGAGAGAUUAAAGACAUAGAGGAACAAGAAAGAAAGAUUCGAGAGGAGCUGAAGAGAGAACGAGAGGAAUGGGAGAAACAAAUACAACAGGAAAGACAAAGAAGAGAAGAAGAGGAAGAGAAAUGGAGAAAUAUAGUUAAGGAAACACGUGAUGAAUAUGAUCAGAAACUUAAACUAGAGAGAGAGAUAAGUGAGAGAAAGGAAGAAGAACUUCAGUUCAAACACGAAGAAGAGAAAGAGAGAAUGAAGAUAGAGAUGGAGAAAAAAACACAGAAUUAUGAAAAAGAGAAUAGAAGAAGAAUUUAG